AUGGAGCGAGGUGGCGGCGAUCUCUCUCAUCAAGGCGGAGGCCCUUCCUGCAUGCCCUCGGGGGCCUCCGUGGAUCGCUAUGACCGUCAGAUCCGGAUAUGGGGAGAGCACGGUCAGAGUGAACUCGGGCAUGCUUCAGUUCUCGUGUUGGGGUCUUCCGCGACGGCUGGCGAGGUGUUGAAGAAUCUCGUUUUGCCUGGAAUCAGGCGGUUCGUGGUUGUCGACGACGCGGAGGUGAUGCUCUCCGAUCUACGAAACAUGGCCUUGAACCCCGCGGACGUUGGUCAGUCGCGGGCGGCGUGUCUGGUCCGCGAACUUCGGCAACUCAACCCCGAAGCCGAGGGCACCGCAGUCCACAUGAAUCCGCUCACCUAUGUGGCGGCGUGCGAGGCCGCCCUGGACAGAGGUGACUGUCCUGCCAACGUGCGGAGAACCCCGCUGACGUCUGAGAGGCGCUCGAGCGAUGCCACGCAUGCAGGCAACCCUGAGGACGCGAAUACCGGCUUACGCCAGCCGUCCUGCUUUUCCCUCGUUAUCGCGUGCCAGCAGUCCCUGGAUCUCCUCCUUCGACUCAGUGAAGUGUGUGGGCUCGAGUCUCUUCAACACACACGCCCUCCCUCGGCAUCGCGGCAGCCGUCUGACUUGAGCAGCAGCAACGGGGGCGUAGCGACCCGCUCUGACAGUCCCGAAGCGCCGCCUUCAACCUCGAAAGGACAUCCCUCGCCGGGGGGCCGACAACGCAGCGGAGACAACGGCGUCUGCCUGCGCCGCGUAGGCGCUGUGCCGCUUAUCACGGUCACAACCCUCGGCAUGCUUGGCGUCGUCCGCGUCGCUGCGGGCGAGCGCUGCCUCGUAGAGAGAAAGGCGCAAAGCGACGGACGGAUAGAUUUGCGGCUCUUCGAUCCUUUCCCCGAGCUGUACGAGUUUGCCAUGGAAUAUGACCUCGACAGGUUGGAUGACCUUGCUCACGCCCAGGUGCCUUUUGUCGUCAUCCUGAUUCAGGCUCUCAGUCGGUAUCGCCGAAACUUCCAAGGCGCGACGACGGGCUACUCGCGUUCAGCGUCCUGCCACCCUCAACCUUCGGAACCGCCGUCGCCGACGCCGCUGCCUCCGGAGGCACGCGGCGAGCUCGAGAACAUCAUUCAAGGGAUGCGGAGGCAUCCGGACGAGGCCAACUUCGACGAGGCGCUGGCAAACAUCUACAGGGUUCUUAAGCUGUACAGCGUGUCUGCAGACACGAUUGAGGUGAUUGAACAGGCGUCUUCUUCCCUGUUUCGGCCCGCCACAAACGUCGCUUUUUGGAACAUGGCCCGGGGACUAGCCGCGUUCUACCGCGCGUGUCGAAAACUCCCUGUGCAGGGCACGCUUCCCGAUAUGACAAGCGACACCUUGAGUUUCAUCCGCCUUCAGCAGAUCUAUGCAAAGCGAGCAGAGGGAGACUGCAACGCCAUCAGGGCUAGCGUCUCCAUGCUGCAGGGAGACAGCUUCGGUUCAGACGCAGAUGGCGAGCCCCUGUCCCUCUCUGAGCGCCCAAACUCGCGCAAGGCGCUGUCGCCUCGCAGACAUGACUCACGAGAAGCUGCUGAUGGCUCUGUAGACCCGGGUUUGUCCCGCGCACCGUCAGACAACAGCUGUCCCUCUCUUGGCGAUGUCGAGAAAUUCUGUCGCAACGCUCACGACCUCAAAGUCAUACGAUAUCGUUCACUUGGAGAGGAAUUCAACCCGUCCACCGUGAAUAGAGACGUUUUCGAGGAGGCGACCGCAGCGUUGGUCACGCGCGACGAUGAUGAGGGCGUACCGCUUCUUCCGUGGUAUGUGGCACUCUGGGCUUGCCAUCGAUUCGCCGCCCGUCAUGACGUCUUUCCAGGUGUACGGCCAGUUGGGUGGUUCGACUCAAAUUCAGACGGCUAUUCGUGUUCCGGGCAGCAAAGAGGCUCCGUCACUGCCGGAAGCGGUGAUGAGUCACGCGGUGCUAUGUGGCAUCGACGAGGAGAAGACGCAGAAAGCCACUCGAUAGCUUCACACCCGGAGAGAAGCUCCGCGGCGUCCCCCAUUGACUCAGAUGUCGACUGCCUGAAGCGGGAAGUGGGCACUCUGCUUUCAGAAAUCAACGUAGCUGAUUUCGCCGUGGAUGACAAAAUAAUACGGCAGAUGGUCGCUUUUGGCGGAUCCGAACAGCACACGACUGCUGCGAUUGUCGGGGGCGUAGCCGCGCAAGAGGCUGUCAAGCUUAUCUGUAACCAGUUUGAGCCGAUCAACAACACCUUCAUUUGGAACGGAAUCGAGCGCAAAGCGGAGGUUCUUGAACUGUAA